UAAGGAGAGUAACUUACCUUUUCCACCAUCUGUGACGGUGCACUCAUGCUUGGUGCGUUCCUGAAGGGGUGAACUAAGAUGAAGUGGGUGUGGUUUGUUGCCUUGGUGUUGGCCUUGACAUGUGUGUCCCUCUCCCACCAAGGUCAGCAUCCUGAUGCUGAUAUUGAGGACAAUGAGUUUGCGGAAUUUGAGGAGUUUGAUGAAGAUGAGCCAGAUGACACUGUAACUGAUGACAGAACUGAACACACACUACCUGACGGCGCUGCUUCCAUGGACACAGAUGUUGAUGAAGACGAUGCUACAGUGGAGGAUGAAGAUGAUGAAUUUGAUCAUUUCACGGAUGAUGAGGAAUUUGAAGGCUUUGACAAGGAGCGUCCAGGAAAAGGACAGUCCAAGGAGAAACCUCCAGAUCUGAAAAUUACCAAGAUCCCGUUACAUUUGCGGACGAACUGGGACAGUUUUCUGAUGGAGAUGCUUAUGUUGGCUGGACUGGGGGUGUACUUCCUCAACUUCCUGGCUGGGAAGAGCAAGAAUCACAAGUUAGCACAAGCCUGGCUGACCUCACACAGAGAGCUGCUGGACAGCAACUUCUCACUGGUUGGCGAUGACGGUACCUCUACAGAGGCACAGCCCGGCGUCCUCAUGAAGGAGUCUGACAACGUGUACGCACUAUGGUGUAGUGGUCGCACCUGCGUGGAGGGAAUGCUGGUUGAACUCAAACUGCUCAAGCGACAAGAUCUCGUCAACACCAUUUCUCGGAUAUUCAAACCAGCCUCCGAUCAAAUUAUGGUGACUGUGAACAUGGACCCUAAUGCCAUGGAGAAGUUUGUGUUUGCGGUGGCUCUGAAGAGGACUUGCGGGAAACUGUCUCGUGAGAUGAACGACCUGAGUUUAUUUUGUCAAGAGAAAAAGGCGUCUGACAGGUUUGACCUGCCUCAAAACUACCAGAUGCUGAGUGAGAUCGGCGAGGCAACCACUGCUAUCAUGGACAAAAAGGUGUGUCAGUUGCUAACGAAGUAUGAAGGCCUGGUUGAGUACAUGCAUUUUUCUGACCAAUUCUCAGGGCCUAAACCACAGGAUGAUUCUCAGCCCAGUAAACUGCCUGAUGGGAAGCCUGUCCUUAUUUUCUGUUUUAACUUGCCUGGUAAAGGUAGUACUAGUACUGCUGACAUGGAAGAUCUCAAGCCUUUACUCAGACUUGUGUUUUACUGUGUAGACAAAGUCAGCAAGAUGAAUCUAUCCAAGGAGGCCCGAUCUAAAGCUGAGAAACACAGACAAAAAGCGGAGGAGACGUUCUUGAAGCAGGCGCACACGCAGCGGCAGGAAGCAGCGCAGCUCAGGAGGGAGGAGAAGCGCCGCGCUGAGAAAGAGCGCAUAUUGAAUGAAGAGGAUCCUGAAAAAGCCAGAAAACUAGAGGAGCGUGAGCAUCGUAAAGAGAUGAAGAAGAAGCACCCAAAGAUAAAAACUGCUCAAGACCUAGUCUGCUCACCGUAGUUUUUUAACAAUGGGCAGAGACUGCCAAGCAUCUCAAGCAUCACGUUCCACAAAGAUGAAAAACGAGUUUAUAUACGGACACAAAAGCUGGUGCAAAUGUGCAUC